AUGCGACGAUCCUCCGCGAUAGCCUCACACCUCACCUCAACUCACCUCACCUCACUCACAAAUCCUCCCCGCCAGCAGAGCCCCAGAGCCCGCUCCCCGCCGCCGCCGCCGCCGCCCAAGAUGAUCACCCGCUUCAUAACCGACGUGACCACCAAGUUCAACCCCUUCUCCCCGCGGGCCAAGCCGGCGCGCCUCUUCCUCUCCUUCCUGCCCCCCAACGCCCGCGCCUCGGGCAUGAGCAUCACGACCCAGCUGCUGGCCAAGAGCUCGGCCGAGCCCGCGUCCCUGACGGUCAAGUUCAAGGACGGCAAGGAGAUGAAGCUCGACUGCGACAAGCUGGGUAUCAAGGGCCUGAUCGAGGAGGUCGACCGGCAUUCCCGCGCCCUGCAGAAGCAGGCCGACCUGGCCAGUGGUUAA